GUUGGAUUAAAAAAAUUAUUGUGAAAUAAUUAAGAGGGUGUUAGUGUUAUAAAAAUUAAAUUUUCAUAAAAUAGUUAAAAGCUCAAACAAGGUGCUCUAUUUUUGCUGAAUUUUUAAGAAUUUUUUGGGAAAAAAUUGUGAAAUUUCAGUAGAAAUCCGCAUUUUUUGUGAAACAUAAAAAGGAAGGUUAGAGUGUUUCUAUUGAUUAUUACUAAUUUUAGGAAUAUUCUCCUGUGCCCUUCUCUCAGUGGAGAGGGAAGAUAAAGGUCAAGGGGCCAAGGGCAAGGAGGUGGAAGAGGUGUGUACCAAAAGGAAGGAAGGAGAAGAAGAAGAAUAGCCAGACUAUCCUCCCUCCAUUUCUCUUUCUCUUCUCUCCCUCCAUUAUUGGGAUCUUCUGGGUAUUGGAUUGGGUCGAGGAAUUAGGAGGAGAGACGAAAAGAGUUUUGGAAAUGGAGAUGGAGAAGAGGGCAGAGAGUUCUUGCUAUGAGAAUGUACAUAAAGGAUCCAAGUUUCCCUUAACCUUCUGGGAGAUGACGGCGGCAUCUGGGGUUGUUGCAGGCUUCUUGUUGGGCCUUCUCUGUGUAUAUCUGACCAUGCCAGUUUCUGAUUACAGCUUCCUAAAGUUGCCUCGCAGCCUUGAAGAUCUUCAAAUUCUCAGAGAUCAUCUUGAGAGUUACACAAGUGACUACACCAUACAGGUCUUGGUGGGGUAUUGUGUGGUAUACAUUUUCAUGCAGACUUUCAUGAUUCCGGGGACUGUUUUCAUGUCAUUGCUUGCUGGAGCCCUCUUUGGAGUCUUCAAAGGUGUAGCUUUGGUCGUCUUCACUGCCACUGCUGGUGCUUCCUCAUGCUAUUUCCUUUCAAAGCUGAUAGGAAGGCCCCUUGUCUUCUCUAUGUGGCCUGAUAAGCUGAGUUUCUUCCAAGCCCAGGUGGCUAAAAGAAGAACGCGACUACUGAACUACAUGCUUUUCUUGAGAGUGACUCCAACCUUGCCUAACACAUUUAUUAAUGUAGCUUCACCAAUAGUAGAUGUACCUUACCAUAUUUUCUUCCUGGCAACCUUCAUUGGAUUGAUCCCUGCAGCUUAUGUAACUGUCAGGGCUGGGCUAGCACUCGGCGAGCUGCAAUCAGUGGGGGACCUUUAUGACUUCCACUCGAUUGCCACAUUGUUCUUGAUCGGGAUUGUUUCCGUCACCCCUACACUGAUAAGCAAGAGCAAGUCAUAGGAUUCCCCCAGCUAACUUUGCUUGGUGCAUACGAGGGGGCCAUUGACCUCCUGACCAUAUCUGGGUCUCCCCAGUUCCAAACAUUUCUGUACAGCUCAAAUGAAUACGAUGUGCAGCUGUCUGUUUUGUGCUUUUAUUGUUUUGGCAUGUGAAGCUUCUGCCUCCGGAGAUUGGCAUGAGAAUGUGGUAGGCCAGGUCCCAUUACCCUUCAGCGUAUUUCCCUAUAUCUUGUAUCUUUUCUAUUGUUGUAUUUGGUUGGGGGAGAUGCAGGGCAGGUGGGGUGAUUUGUUCUGUAUAAUUGUGAAUUUUAUGUCACUAGAAUCAGUAUUUCAGUUUUCAAGUGUCAUUUAUAAAUCAGUUUCCUUAGAGAUUCAA